AUGGCAUUCCAGGCCAAGAAGUUCCGCGGCUCCGCUGCCCAAAACACCCUCGCUGCCAGAUAUCGCGUCCAGAUGCAGAAGCACCCCUUCCUCCUCUUCGGACUACCUUUCAUCGCAACAAUGGUCGCCGGUAGCUUUUUCUUGACCCCGGCAACGGCUCUGCGUUAUGAGAGACACGACCGCAAGGUCCGCCAGAUGACAAGAGAGGAGGAGUUGGGCAUUGGCAAGAACAAGAGAAAGGUUGACAUGAAGGAAGAAUACUACAGGCUUGCUGCGAAGGACCUCGACGAUUGGGAGCAGAAGCGCGUCAAGAGGCUGCCGGGCGAACACGACGGGAAGCUCUAG